AAGCACUAGCUAGUAUUAGUAUUGCUAAUUAAUUAAGCUCUAGCUAAUUAAGGUAGCAAGAGCCAAGAGAUCUUGGGAGGAGAUGGUGAAGACGACGACGGCGGCGGUGGCCGGCGUGCUGUCGCUGUGCGUGUGCGUGCUGCUCGCCGCCGGGGUGCAGCCGGCGGCGGCCGACGCCGGCGGCUAUGGGUACGGCGGGAAGAAGAGCAUCGAGGCGACGGUGAGGGAGGUGGUGGAGAAGGCCAUCAAGCGCAGACCCGCCGUGGGCCCCGCCCUCGUCCGCUUGGUCUUCCAUGACUGCUGGGUCAACGGUUGCGAUGGAUCGGUGCUGUUGGAGAAGACGCCAUACAGCAGCAGCACCGAGAAGGCGGCGGUGAACAACAUCGGCCUCGACGGCUUCGACGUCAUCGACGCCAUCAAGGCCAAGCUCGGCGCCGCCGUCUCCUGCGCCGACAUCGUCGUCCUCGCCGGCCGCGACGCCUCCGCCAUCCUCAGCCGCGGCAGGGUCACCUACGACGUCGCCACGGGCCGCAAGGACGGCGUCGUCUCCUCCGCCGCCGCCGCCGACGCCGUCCUCCCGGAGCCCACCUUCGAGUUCGCCCAGCUCAAGGACAACUUCGCCAGGAAGGGCUUCACCCAGGGCGAGCUCGUCAUCCUCUCCGGCGCCCACUCCAUCGGCGUCGCCCACCUCUCCUCCUUCCAGGACCGCCUCAACGACUCCACCGCCACGCCCAUCGACGACCAGUACAGGGCGGCGCUCUCCGCCGACGUCGGCCGCCAGAAGAUGAGCCAGAACACGCCGAACCCGACGGAGAAGAACAACAUCCGCGACAUGGGCGCCGCGUUCCAGCAGGCCGCCGGCUACGACGCCACCGGCGUGGACACGUCGGCGGUGGGCGCCCUGGACAACAGCUACUACCACAACAACCUGCAGAACCGGGUGCUGUUCAAGUCCGACUGGGUGAUGCGCACCGACGGCGACGCCGCCAGCGACCUCGCCGAGUACAGGGACAACGCCACCAAGUGGGACGUCGACUUCUCCGCCGCCAUGUCCAAGCUCAGCAAGCUCCCCGCCGAGGGCACCCACUUCGAGAUCCGGAAGAGCUGCAGAUGCACCAACCAGAACUACUACUAACUACGUAGUGCUACUCUACUUAAUUAAGUCAACGUACGAGUCAACGGGAAAAAUACGGCUCCCACGUGUAUAAGUAUACGUAUAUGUGUACUGUACCUAUACGGUAGAGGCACAAUGCCAUCUACUUGUACGUACCUACGAAUGUAAUACUACCAUGCUGGUUUAAAAUUAAUACUACUGGAUCCUUAAUCUUAAUUAAGACUAUUUAAUUUGUUGAGUAAUGUGUAAUGCG